GUUAAUUCCAUUGAUGACGCUGAAGUUUUAAGACGUAUGGUUAUACAAAAGGAAAAAGAAAAAGAUGAUAUCGCUCAAGACUUGAAUAUGGCUGCUCGUCUUGGCCUUGUAAUUUCGGAGAAAAAUGAGGAACUACAGAUGAAACUUGAUCUUGCAAAACAGGCUGAAGAACAGGCUUAUCUCAAAGAAGAAAACCGUGUCUUGUCCUCAAAAGCUUCUCGUAGCAAUGACCUUGCAACUCAACUAGCUGCUAGUGAAGAACAAGUAAAAAUAUUACGAGAACACAGAGCAUUCCUUCAAAAAGAGCUCGACACUGCUCGACGAGAACUAAAACGUUUCCGUAAGGAAUUGGAUAGUCUCUCUGGGCAGAUGAGUGAUAUGGCGGAGGAUAUGUGGGAGUCACGUAAUAAAGUGAACACUUAUGCAAAAAAAUUGACCGAAGUUGAACAACAUCUAGCUGAUACACAAGAAAUGAACGUUAAUUUGUCCAUACAACUCGAAAAGUCCCUUAGCUCUCAAAAAAUAUCUAGUGCAACAACAACACAAAUCGUUAAGAUGAUUCAGGCUGAUCUAGGCAGAGUCGUUCUAGAAAAUGAGCACUUACGUGCUAGCAUAAAUGAAUUAGAAAACCGUCAAGUUAAAUGCGAAGGCAAACUUAGCGAAAUGAUGGUGUCAGCUCAGGAAUAUGCUCACCUUUUAGAAGAAGCACAAGAUACCAUACAUUCGUUGAGUGAGACUCGCCUAGAAUCUGAAAUAGAUAAUCUGGAAUAUUCUCCUGGGCGAAGCCGUGGCCAUUCUGAUAAGCCUAUCAAAGAUUCGCCUCCCAUUAAGGGUACUCCAUUUUCUACUGAAGUAGAAAAGAGCAUUGAGGAACGUAUAAUGUCACAGAUGACUCCUUCACGAACCCAGUUUCAACCUGGUAGUAAUUCUUCCGUUGACAUGAGAAAAGCGGCAGCAGGUUUGAAGUACUUGCUGUCUAAUAGCGAAGAAGGUAAAGAUGGUGGUAAAGGAAAAAGCCCUGAGAGGCGACCACUUGGUGGUGGCG